AUUUCAACUUAGAACUCAAAAGUCAAUAUGAAAGUCAGUUACUUGUUAAUCGUGUUGUGCACGUUGUGCCAAACUUAUUUUUCUGCUGCUGAGCAGUCCUAUUCGUCCUGCAAUGAGGCUAACCAACGGACAAGCGGAGUUCAGACAAUUAAACUGGGCAACGACACCUUGGAGGUAUAUUGCGAGACCCCGAGAAUGGGUAAAAGUGGCUGGUUGGUCAUCCAGAGAAGAGUCAGUGCCGAAGAGAACUUUUAUCGCAAUUGGACCACAUACGAGAAUGGAUUUGGCGACAUAAACAACAACUUUUUCAUUGGACUGAAAACCUUAAAUCAAAUGACCGAAUUGAAGCCGCAUGAACUUUAUGUUUAUGUGGAGAACUUUGAUGGGAAAUAAGCAUAUGCCUACUACGACUUCUUCAGUAUAGGGGAUGCAAGCUCCAAGUAUAAGCUCCAGUUAGGGACCUAUUACGGAACUGCCGGAGACGCCCUAAGCAAGCACAGGAACAUGAAGUUUACCACCUACGACAACGAUAACGAUGAGAGUUCGCUUAAUUGCGCAGCUAAGUUAACAGGUGCCUGGUGGUAUAAAAAUUGCUACGACAGCAAUCUGAACGGAGCCUAUCUAGGAAGCGGUACUUAUCCCGGGCAAUAUUUGCUUGGCUCUGGUGUAAUAUGGUAUCCAUUUAAUGAUGCAAUUUUUAGCCUAAAAACGGUUCAAAUGAUGGUGAGGCCUAAGUGGUAAAAAAAUAUAUUGUUUUAAAUAGACAUAGUUUAGUUUAAAAAAUAAAGAAUAAAAAAAAACAUUUUUCAAUCUUUCUGGAAUGUUUAUCAUUAGAGAACUCGUGGGCAGGAGGUUCCUCAUAUCAGCUGCCUCGAAUGGGAGUUUUAAACAUCAGCCUUAUACCGAAAUUUGUAAUAUAACUUUAGACUAAAAAUAAAAAAUUAACGCUUGACAUA